AUGGUCUAUUGUUCAGAUUCAAAUAAUAAUAAAUCAGAAAUAUUUGUAAAUCUACCACAUGUAUUAUUAUCAAAAAUCGUUCAGUGUUUAGAUGAUAAUAUAGAUAAGAUUGUUUUUACAUUGGUUUGUAAAAGAUGGUUCGAUGAUAAAGAUAGAUAUCUAACUUUCAAUACAAAUACAAUCAAUAUCAUUGAUGAUAAAGAUAAUCAUUUCUAUUUAAAUUCAUAUCGAUCAUCAAUCAACAACUCAUUGAAUCAAAAGACAAAUUGUAAACUAAUCAUAAAUGAUGUUGGCAGAUCAGGACAUGACUAUUCACUUUCUACAGAUAAGCUUGAAGAAACAACAGAUAUUCCAUCAAAUGUAGAUACUGUAUUGAUCGAUCGUUCGAUAGAAUCUUUAUCUACGGAAUUGACCGAGAAACUUUAUCAUUUAAUAUCCAACUCCAAUGUUAUUACGCUCAAGAAUUGUAUUGUUGGAAAUCAAUUACCAUUGAAUCUGAAAUCCAUUAGCUUUGGAGUCGAUCAUGAUGAACCAAUAGAUGGUAUUCUUCCACCGAAUUUGAAACAAUUAAAGUUUGGUGAAUCAUUCAGUCAAAGGAUCUUGGUUGGUUCACUUCCUGCUACAUUGGAGAAAUUGACAUUACCCAAUGCAUUCACACACGAAUUUGAAGAAGGUGCACUCCCAACAGCAUUGAAAGUUUUGAAAUUCGAACGCGGUAGUGCUUAUGAACAACCUAUUCAUCGAUUACCUCCAAAUCUUGAAGAAUUUCAUUACAAUGGACCAUUCGGUGUACCAGAAAUUGGCAAUGAACAACUACCUGACACACUCCGAUCACUUUACAAUGUUCCUGCUUCGUGGCUUCAUUCAAUCAAAUCACUUUCAAAUCUUACAACCUUAACGUUUAAUAGCAAAACCAAAGGUUUGGAAACACCAAUAGAUUUGAGUUUGUUACCAACAUCUCUAACGAGACUACAUAUCGAUGUUCCAUGGAAAUUGGAAUCAGCAAUGCCUACAACAAUUAGAUAUCUUAAUAUUGUUUCUGCAAAGUACGAUAUCGAUGAGAUAUUCAGAGAUCGAUCACAAUAUCAAUUCGAAGAACUCAUUGUCCAUGCAUUCAAAAACGAGUCACUCGAUGGGUUGAAAAUCAGGCAAUUGAAAUUGGAAUUCUACUCAAUAAUAAGCAUACCUAGUAGGGAAUUUUUCACUUGGGAUGACAAAGUAAUCAAAUCUAGUGUGCUUAGAUCCAUUCCGAAUGGUGUAGAAAUUCUACACGUUGGAAUAUGUAAUAGUGAUUUCAAACUUGGAUCACUAAUUCCACUUUCAGUUAAAACUAUUAUCUUUCACAAUCAAAUGGGUUCUAUCCCAACAUCAAUAGAAGAAAUGAUUCUACAACAAGAUAUUAAAUCAUUCAAUUAUGAUAAUUUACCUCCGGCAGUUAGAUCAUUGACAAUUAAAUCAAUCGAAUUUGAUAUUAAUCUAAAUGGAAUCCCUCAAACACUUGACAAUCUAUGUAUCAAAACAAAAAGAAGAUACAGCCAAAUAUUUUCUCUAAGAAAAAUCAACAAUCAUCAUUAUCUCUUAUUUGGUCAAUCAGAUGAACAUCUAAAUGCUGCAAUAAUUAAUGUUUCUGAUAUUAAAAAAUUUAAACUUUAA